CUCCAGUGUCCUGUGAGCACUCAUUCAGUACCACACCGACAAGUGCAGCCCGGCGGAUGUACUCAUGCUUCUCUGCAGAUUUUCUCUGACAACUGCGUUCAUUAUAAACCCUGGAUAUUGUUGAUCGCUGCUAAAGACUCACGGACUUUGGUGACUACAUCAGCCACUACCCACACAGAGAAUCAAAAAUCGACUGACGCCCAGACCUGAACUCUCUCUUCAGCAUCUCCCUUAUAGCUACAUCCAUCCGUCUCUUUUCCACUCUCUGCCUGUAUCACUUCUUCCUGUUCCUACCAGUCUGUCUCGCUCUCUCUUUCUCUCUCCACCCCCACCCCCUUCCCAACCCUGAUGCCUAAGAACAGCAAGGUGACGCAGCGCGAGCAGAGCCAUGAGCACGUCACAGAGUCGGUGGCUGACCUGCUCGCACACGAGGAGCCGCUCGACUACAAGAGCAGCUCGCUGAAUGUCGGAGGGGCCACAGGGAAGAAAGUCCCACAGAUAGAGGUGCCCGAAAACGAUGGACGCCCUGCCUGGAACAGCAAAUUGCAGUACAUCCUUGCCCAGGUGGGCUUCUCUGUGGGCCUGGGGAACGUGUGGCGCUUCCCUUACCUGUGCCAGAAGAAUGGAGGAGGUGCCUAUCUGGUUCCCUACUUCAUCCUCCUCCUCAUCAUUGGCAUCCCGCUCUUCUUCUUGGAGCUGGCUGUGGGUCAGAAGAUUCGACGUGGGAGCAUCGGGGUCUGGAACUACGUCUGUCCCAGUCUGGGCGGGAUAGGGGUGUCCAGUCUGAUGGUGUGUGGCUUUGUGGGCCUCUACUAUAAUGUGAUCAUCGGCUGGAGCAUCUUCUACUUCUUCCAGUCCUUCCAGUAUCCUCUUCCUUGGAGUGACUGUCCAAUCAGAAAGAAUGGGACACUCGCCAUUGUGGAGCCGGAGUGUGAGAAAAGCUCGGCUACGACCUAUUUCUGGUACCGUCAGACUCUGAACACCACCAGCACCAUCGCAGAGAGCGGUGGCCUCAACGUGAAAAUGACCCUGUCUCUGCUUGUGGCCUGGAUCAUCGUAUGUCUCGCUGUCAUUAGAGGAAUCGCCUCCUCCGGGAAGGUGAUGUACUUCAGCUCUCUUUUCCCCUAUGUGGUGCUGUUCUGUUUCCUGGUCAGGGGUUUAAUGCUGAAGGGAUCAGUGGAUGGUAUCGCUCACAUGUUCACUCCCAAGUUAGAGAAGAUGCUGGAGCCCCAGGUGUGGAGGGAGGCAGCCACCCAGGUCUUCUUUGCCCUGGGUCUGGGGUUUGGAGGAGUCAUAGCCUUCUCCAGUUACAACAAGAUCGAUAACAACUGCCAUUUUGAUGCCGUGCUCGUCUCUUUCAUCAACUUCCUCACUUCUAUUCUGGCCACACUGGUGGUGUUCGCUGUGCUGGGUUUCAAGGCCAAUCUCAUGAACGAAAAGUGUGUCGUACAGAAUGCAGAGAAGAUCCUGGGUUACCUCAACUCUAACGUCCUGAGUCAUGAUCUGAUCCCCCCACAUAUAAACUUUACCCAUCUCACCACAUCAGACUAUGCUGAGAUGUACGGGGUCAUCAAGACAGUGAAAGAGGACAGCUUCGCCCAGCUGGGUCUGGAGCCUUGUGUCCUGGAGGACGAGCUCAACAAGGCUGUCCAGGGCACCGGCUUGGCCUUCAUCGCCUUCACAGAAGCCAUGACCCAUUUCCCGGCAUCUCCAUUCUGGUCGGUCAUGUUCUUCUUCAUGCUCAUCAACCUCGGUCUGGGCAGCAUGAUCGGCACCAUGACCGGCAUCACUACACCUGUCCUCGACACCUACAAGGUCCAGAAGGAGCUUUUCACAGUGUGUUGCUGCAUUGUGGCAUUCCUAUGUGGCCUGUUGUUCGUUCAACGCUCAGGGAAUUACUUUGUCACCAUGUUUGAUGAUUACUCUGCCGGACUGCCUCUCACUGUAGUGGUCAUCCUGGAAAAUGUGUCUGUCGCUUGGAUUUACGGCACAAAAAGGUUCAUGCAGGAUCUAGAGGACAUGUUGGGUUUCCGACCAAACAUGAUGUAUUUCUACCUGUGGAAGUACGUCUCCCCUCUGUGUCUCAUUGUGCUCAUCUCAGCCACUGUGAUAGAAAUGGCCAUCAGCCCACCAGGAUACAACGCCUGGGUCCAAGAGCUGGCUCAGGAACGCUUCCAGAGCUACCCUCCCUGGGCAUUGGCCAUGUGCUUCGCUCUCAUCAUAGUGGCCAUGCUGCCGCUCCCCGUUGUCUUCAUUGCCCGCCGCUUCAACCUGAUGUCAGACGGCUCCAACAAGCUGUCUGUCUCCUACCGUAAAACCAUGAUGAAGGACAUGUCCAUCCUGGAGGAGCAGGACGAGGCCAAAUCCAUCCUCGGCACCAAGCCCGGCGAGAUGCCAUCAUCGGUGCCGGCACGCAAAGCCUACCUUACUCCAGGAGGGAACAAACCCCUGGACCCCAACUCCCUGUCUCCAAACAUCUGCUACGGUACAAGCUACCAGAACGCUGCCAUCAGCCCCACCACACCGACUACACCGACCAUGCCUGCCACACCAGAGUCUGACUCUUGACUUCAACACUCCCCGUGACACCCAAUCCCAUAGCACAGUUUACCUUUCAGCCAUAAAGUCUCCCCCGGGGAUCACUGCAGCGCAGAGAAUCCCCGCCACUGUCCUACUAACGCCACAAAAAUGUAUGUAGCUGCCCAAUUUACCUGAACACACGCUAGGCAAAAUAACACCAAGGAACCAUCUCCAGCAGGAGAAAAAAGUUUACUCUUUCACAGUAGAUCAAACACUGAAAUCAGGGUGGGAUUGACAUCUGUAUCUAUUCUGUAUUUAACAUCACAGGGUUUAAGAUGAAGUUCUGUGAUCUGCAUUUCUUUGCCUUAGUAUAAGGAUCCUCAGCAGACACAGACCCCCACAGCUUAAUGUAUAUCCCCGUCUGCACAGUGCAGGGGACCUGAAAGAAUGAAUGUAGAGGAGCCGGCAUAGUCCUGCUGGUUGAACAGGUUUUCACUCAGCACACCGGCACAGAGAGCCAAGAUGAAUGAAUGAAUUAUUUUAAGGUUCGAAAGCAGUGUUUGCGUUGCUGCCCUCUGUAGUGGUACUGUGUGUUAAAGUCAUACGGUCUAACACAAAACAAGUUAUUUUCUAUUAGAUCAGAUUUCAGUGAGUAGGUACAGUAUGUCUACAUGAGCACUGACAUGCACCUCUGUUCUGAUGUUCUAAACUACAAAAUACUAACGUUGUGUAGAUUUGUUUUCACAGGGUUUUCUCUGUGGAAUAGGGUAAAUUAUGCUUAAGGCUGCUCUAAAGACAUCCAUUUAUGUUCCGUUCUCUUCCAAUCCCGUUCUGUGUUUAGUGUGUAGCCAGUGUUGUUCUUGUUCAUUCUGUAAACAGCGGUGUACAGUACAGUAAGAUGAUGUAGGAUAAUGUGAUAUUUGUUCUAAAGCCACAGUCUCAUCAUCCAUUACACACAUGUUAUGACUUGUGAAAAUCCCUCAUUUUCAGUUUCUCCGCCAACGAGUUAAAAGUAGACAGCAAAACACUUGAAACCAACAUAUUCAUAUUAUAGAAUAACAAAAAGGAAAUGCUGAAUUGUGCUGAAAAUGAAGUACAAAGAGCUCGUUUUAAUUAUUCGGUGACUAGAAGCACAGUUUGUUCAUGUGAAUUUGAAACAAAUGUCACUUUAG